AUGGCAGCUGUGGUGCCUUUGGAUGAUGGGAGUGAUGCAAGUGAACACGAAGUGGCAUCGCUGGACCCAAGCAAAUUGCACACCAGAUUGUUCAAAGUAAGUGGGGCGGAGAUCAUCGUGCAUGUGAGCCAGGAUCCGAGCUCGCAGAGCUUUUGGCAAGAGUACACUGUAGCCUUGUGGAUCCUGCGAACGAAAAACCCCGACAAAGCCAGAGAACGGUGUGUUGAGACCAGGCCCUCGGUGCAGGAGAUGCACAUGCGGCUCUGGCCGGGCGAGGUCGUCCAAGAAGCCUCAAGCAAACGACGCAAGAAAAAAUCACAAAAAGUUUGGAGAAAUAGCCAGCGCGUCUCAACAUUCUUUGUUGAAUGCACCCUCACCACCAGCAUGGUGAUCUCUUAUAUGCUGUUUGCUGCUUCUAGCAGCCGCAGAUCACCAGCAGACAGGGCCUACGCCGUGCAAUGCUUCAAGGAUUUGUUGCGCAAGCUGGCCGAGGUGCGUCCAGAGUUUGAGUUCUGGUUUCAACGACAUGGUGAUGACGAAUGGACGCUUGUCACCUGCAGCGUGGACAGCAAUGGCCAGUACCUAUUUUCAGGCAGCUCGUUGUGGACAACGGAUUUCUACAGGGACAAUGUUGGUUCUUUGUGGGCUGCGGAUUUCACAAACUUGACGAAGCCGUGGGUUUGCCAUAGAACGGGCCGUGGCCCGGUCCUCCUGCAUGAGUAUCUGGCUUUCGUUUGGGACGCUCAACACCCCCUGCAGCUGCGUGAAGAGCUGAACAGCGGCAUGUACGGCGUGAUGACCGAAGUGGCCUAUCACCUGGAAAUUCUUUUGAUGCAAGUGACAAGCUCGCUGGAUGAAAUGCCCCAGAACUGGGGACCGCUGACAAACGUCAGAAGAAUGCAGGACUCCGUUGCAUGGGAGUUGAAGAGAACCGUGUCCGACGCCUUGUUGGCCCUCCCGGUCAAUGAUGCUGACGGUGAACCCGUCGACAAAGAGGUGUGGAAUUUGCGUACGUUGAUCGAUCGCACCCUGGCAUCAGCUGGUGUGAAAAUCAAGAAGGCUGUGAAAGUGUCAGAUUUGGCGUGGGCCUCGUGCGCCUGA